AUGUUCGGCACCCUCUCGCUGUCGUGCGCCACGUGCGGGAGUCUUUUUCCCACGCUUUUUCAAAUUCGCUCCACCAGCAAAUCAGAGAGACGAGAGAGAGAGAGUAAGACGAUCAACCACACAUGCAAGGAGCAGUCUCUCUGUUGUCGGAGGCGACGAGGUAAGAACACGUUCCGGCCAAAAGUCAGUCGCGCUGUGCUGCUGCGUUUGGGAAUGAGUGUCGGUGUGCCUGAGCGGGUGCUGUCGGUCGCCGCCGUCGCCGGUGUUCGCCUCCUCUGUGCUACCAUUGCUCCGUUUCCCUCUUUCUCGUCAUCAUCAUCGACCUAUACCAUCCGCUGCUUCGACGUCGUAGACAUCGUCUGA